GGCGAGAGGCUUGCAACACUUUACCCCUGACCAUCAUUUCCUUUCCUUCUUUGCAUUAGGGGCAGAAUCCAGUGUUACAAUUGUGCAUGUGUUCAGGUGGCUGCAGUUUGCUUACGAGACAGGGACUGGCUAACGUAGUGACCCCCUUCCCCAGCUACCAAUUGAGCUGCACAGGAUUCAGGUAGGAAUGAUGAGAGAGGAUUAGAAUGAACCAUCUGUUAUUGAAGAGGACAUCACUGACAGUGUUACUCCCAAAAUGGAGAGUCACCAUAUCAAGAUGGGCCAACACCUCUACUGUACAUGGCAACCCAAAGGAGUGUGCCGAUCACAAAAAACCCCAGAUCCGUGUGAAUCCAUUAAAUAUCCAGAUGCUGUCCUUUGGUCUCCAUCAACAGAUCUUUGGAGAUAUCCAGGCUGAGUACUCGGAGGAGGGAAUCCAGAAGAGCAUUGAGCACCUGAAAUCUCAUGACCUCUGGGACAAGGAAACCUCCAUACUGCCCGAUGUGGAACUGCAGCUGCCCAAAAUGUAUGGCAGUAACAUUGAUGAACAUUUUCGUAUCCUUGCUCAGAAGCAAAGCCUCCCUUAUUUGGAGGCAGCCAAUGAGCUCCUGCAGUGUGACCUCCCUGAGAUGCCCUCAGAAUGGACCUGGGCAGCUGGCUGGACAAAGUAUGAUCUUGGUGGACAAACAAAGCCUGUGAGUUUUCCUGAUGACAAAGCACUGGUUUUUGAUGUGGAGGUGUGCACGUCUGAAGGCCAAUGUCCAACGUUAGCAGUAGCUGUCUCUCCAAGUGCCUGGUACUCCUGGUGCAGUAAGCGUCUCAUUGAGAAGCGUUACACCUGGUCCAGUCAGCUGACCCUGGCUGACCUGAUUCCUCUGGAGACAACUGCAAACUCCACCCGUUCACCGAAAGGCGAGUGGCCAGAGAGACUGGUCGUUGGCCACAACGUCAGCUAUGACAGAGCAAAGGUCAAAGAGCAGUACUUGAUGAAGAGGACAGGGCUACGUUUUCUGGACACAAUGAGCUUGCACAUGGCUAUUUCUGGCCUGACUGGCUUCCAGCGCAGCCUCUGGAUGGCAAGUAAAAAAGGGAAGAGGAAAGGCCUGGAAGAAGUAAAGCAGCACAUCAAACGGACUACCUACAAGCCCAGAAGCCCAGGGAUUGGAGCCUGGGACUGGGUAAACAUAAGCAGCAUCAAUAACCUCCCUGAUGUCCACGCACUUUAUGUGGGGGGAAAGCCUCUCGACAAGGAGGCUCGUGAGAUUUUCAUCAAAGGCACAAUGAAAGAUGUUCAGGAGAAUUUCCAGGAGCUGAUGCAAUACUGUGCACUUGACGUUAAAGCUACUUAUGAGGUGUUUUGUGAGGAGCUUCCGCUCUUUCUCGACAGGUGCCCACACCCAGUGACCUUUGCUGGCAUGCUGGAGAUGGGACAGUGCUACCUUCCUGUAAAUCAGAACUGGAAGCGAUACCAGGAUGAGGCACAGAAUACAUAUGAAGAGCUGCAACGGGAGAUGAAGCAGUCUCUCAUGAACCUGGCCAAUGAUGCCUGCCAGCUACUCCACGACAAAAGGUACAAAGAUGAUCCCUGGUUGUGGGACCUUGAAUGGGACACCCAAGAGUUUAAACAGAAGAAGAACACUGGGAAAAAGAAGAAAGGAUUGAUCAGCACCAAUGAAGUUGCAAAUUCCAGCUCAGUGGCAGAGUUUGAGGAAGAUCCAGGGCCUCCCUCAGAAGAAGAGGAGGCGGAGUUGAAGGCUGUCAAGAGUAGAGCCCUCCUGAAUAAUCUGCAUCAGACAGUCAGUCUUCUCCCAAAGAGAAGACAACAUCUGCCAGGCCAUCCAGGAUGGUAUCGGAAACUAUGUCUGAAGUGGAAUGAUGCACAAUGGUUGCCAGGACCCUGCCUCAUUAGCCUCCAGAUGAGGGUCGCUCCGAAGCUGAUGCGCUUGACCUGGGAUGGAUUCCCACUGCACUAUUCAGAGAGCCAUGGGUGGGGUUAUCUGGUCCCAGGAAGAAAGGACAACCUACCAACUAACCCCAGUGACACAGAUACACCUUCCUGUCCAUACAAAACCAUUGAGACGGUGCACAGGGAACAUUGCAAAAAGAAAGAGCGAGGCCAAACAGAGCAACAGGAGAUGUCAGUCAGCGACGAGUUCACGCUGCCAGAUAAUAGUAUGUGGGAAAUGGUGGAGGAGCUGAGCCACUUGGAGAACGAACAUGAAGCUGAUUUCCAAGGGUUUGGUAAUGGGAGCAGAAAGAAGAAUUCUGCCCAGGAUCAGAAUCGGGAGGCACAGCCACAAGCAUUUCUUGAGGACAGCUGCCACUUGUAUCAUCAUGGAAACGGCCCAUAUAAUGAGGUCAACGUGCCUGGCUGCUGGUUUUUCAAACUUCCACACAAGGAUGGGAAUCAGAACAAUGUCGGGAGCCCCUUUGCGAAGGAUUUCCUCUCUAAGAUGGAAGAUGGCACAUUGCAGGCAAGCACCAGUGCAGCAAGUGCAACCAGAGCGUUGGAAAUCAACAAGAUGAUCUCAUUCUGGAGGAAUGCCCAGAAAAGGAUCAGUUCUCAAAUGGUUUUGAUGCUGAACAAAAGCGAGCUACCUCCAGCAGUCACAAGGCAUCCUUCCUAUGAUGAAGCGAAUGAUUAUGGAGCCAUUUUACCACAAGUCAUUACAGCUGGCACAGUGACCCGGCGGGCAGUCGAGCCAACCUGGCUAACUGCCAGCAAUGCACGGACCGAUCGUGUGGGUAGUGAACUAAAAGCAAUGGUUCAGGUACCGCCUGGGUACCACCUGGUCGGAGCAGAUGUUGACUCACAAGAGCUGUGGAUUGCUGCCAUCCUUGGGGAAGCCCAUUUUGCUGGAAUACAUGGCUGCACUGCGUUUGGCUGGAUGACACUUCAGGGGAAAAAGAGCAAUGGUACAGACCUGCACAGCAAGACAGCUGCCACCGUGGGAAUCAGCCGGGAGCAUGCCAAGAUUUUCAAUUACGGACGGAUAUAUGGUGCGGGGCAGCCAUUUGCGGAACGGCUCCUCAUGCAGUUUAACCACCGUCUGACACCUCAGGAAGCCGAACAGAAAGCGCGGCAGAUGUACGCAGCGACCAAGGGCAUCCGAAGGUGUGUGCUUUCAGAAGAUGGAGAGUGGCUGGCAAAGGAGCUGAGCAUCUCUGUGGAAAAGGCAGACAACGGAACAGUCUCUACCUCAGAUGCACGGAAAAUCCAGAGAGAGGCAGCGAAAAGGUCUAAUGGUGCUAAGUGGAUGGUUGUGAAGCGCAGGGUCUGGAGUGGGGGCACAGAGUCCGAAAUGUUCAAUAAAUUGGAAAGUAUCGCCACAUCCCACUCUCCCCAAACUCCAGUGUUGGACUGCUGUAUCAGCAGAGCUCUGGAACCAAGUGCAGUAGGAUAUGAGUUCAUGACCAGCCGUGUGAACUGGGUAGUGCAGAGUUCGGCUGUGGAUUACCUGCACCUGAUGUUGGUGUCCAUGAGGUGGCUAUUCGAGAAGUUCAGUAUUGAUGGUAGAUUCUGCAUCAGCAUUCAUGAUGAGGUCCGUUAUUUAGUGAGUAGUGAAGACAGAUAUCGAGCUGCACUGGCACUGCAGAUUACUAACCUUCUAACACGCUGCAUGUUUGCCUACAAACUAGAGAUGCAGGAUCUCCCACAGUCCGUAGCCUUCUUUAGCACAGUGGAUGUCGAUCAAUGCCUGAGGAAGGAGGUGACGAUGGAUUGUCAAACUCCAUCUAAUGUUACAGGACUGCAAAGACGAUAUGGGAUCCCAGAAGGAGAAGCACUAGAUAUUUAUCAAAUCAUUGCAAAAACAAAUGGGUCUCUUCACAAAAGAAAACAAACAUAAAACAAGAAAGCUACACAAAGACACCUUCAGGGAAGCAACAAGACAGCUAACCCAAUUAUCAGGUCUUACUUGUGAAUGUGUUUUUCCCUGAUGAUCAACUUAUAUAAAUUGAUGAAACUUCACAAGAAUGUCAAGAUGGGAAAUGAUUCAAGUAAGCAUGGUAAAGAUGAACUGAAAGUCUGGAGAAGGAUGACUGCAUUUUGAAUAAUUCAGAUGGGUGGAAAUUCAAACCUAACGUCCACACUUAUUGGACACGCCAUCUGCCCUUGAUGUUACAGUUUCAUCUUUUUCUCCUCUUCUUCUUUGGUUCUCUGUUUUCCUGGUUUUCAUCUACAGUGAUAUUUGACUAGAGAAAGAGUAAAAAGUUCUGGUAUAUUAAUUGUACAACAUACAAACCUCUAUUUAAAUGUAUUUGCUUCACUUAACACAAAAUUUCAAUAAUGCUGUAAGACUUCUCUCUUUCCUGUGCUGUAAUUACUAUAAUUGUAUCAGUAUGAGCUAUGAACAACCACUUGGCAAAUCAACGUGAUCAUUUCCCAGUGAUUAUUCAUGGGUCAGGGAUUAACACCAUUGGGUAGCAAUAAUAACUGGGUGUAUUUAAAGUCUCUUAGGAUGAGCACGCUACUUGGCACAGCUCUAACUAUAAUUGUGUGCUCCAUACUCAUUGCAGACACUCCUCAUUACCUCUCGCCAAUCAGAAGGGAGUUGACUUGCCCAUUUACUCGAAGCAUACAGUUCAGAUUCCUUUCCACUCCUACUGUGUGGAAUUCCUGACGUUAAUAUAAAAUCCUCUUUGUGCUUUAAUCACUUAGGAUACAACCAUCUGCAUUUGUUUUUUGUAUGUAAUUAGGUAAGAAUUUUAUGGUUGCUAUUUAUUAGUGAUAUCAAUAAUGAAUUUGCAAAAUUUCCCUUUAGAAAGCUUGCCUUUUUUUAUUCAUUUACAGGAUGUGGGUUAGGCCAGCAUUUAUUACCCAUCCCUAAUUGCCCUUGAGAAGGUGGUGGUGAGCUGUCUUCUUGAACCGCUGCAGUUCAUGUGGUGUAGGUACACCUGCAGUGUUGUUAGGGAGUUCCAGGAUUUUGACCCAGUGACAGUGAAGAAAUGGCAAUAUAUUUCCAAGUCAGGAUGGUGAAUGACUUGGAAGGGAACUUCCAGUUGGUGGUGUGCCUACUUAUCCCUCAACAAUUUGUUGAGUAACCACGAUUAAAUAAUGUUGUUUCUUAGUUAAAAAAACUAAGCUGACAUCUGUGAAACAUGUAAAGUAUUUAAGGGGAAUAAAGAUGAUGUAAUUGAGGCAUUCAUUGCCUGAGAUCAUUUACAGCUCCCUCAAGAGACUUGCUGCACCAUGUGCCAAGCUUUCAUUCACAGCCAUCCAAGAUGGGCUUCAGAGCUUUCCCCAUACUUGCUCCCCAGCAUCAAUAGAUGGAAUCCUGUUAGGGUUCUCUCAGCUCCCGUACAAAUAAAAAGACCACAUUAAAAUAGAACUAUUUAAUAAACUAGUGACCCUGUACUUCCUCCCCCCUUUUCCUCUGGGGCAGUGUAUUCACACGGAAAUUAACUCAGGUGCAGAGAUGUACCCCCUCCCUGGUGGUGUACACUACAGCAGUUGAGAGUGAUCUUUGAUCAAAACGUUGCUUGGGCCUUCAUAAAAAUAUUGGCUUGUCAUGCUGAAAUGAUACAAAGUGCUUUUCCAUCUUUACUUGAUCAUCUGCUUCAUCCUGGAUUUCCUCCGCUUCCUGUUCCUGGAGUGCUGCGUCCAAUGUGGCUGCAUUAAUCCGAAAAUCCCUUGAUGUGCUGAGCUUCAUAUACUGCAUCAAGUUCACCUAUGAGAGACAAAAAAAAAUUAGUAGAUUGAGAAAGUGCAGAAUAUUGGAGCACAGCCUGUGGCAGAUUUUCAAAAAUGACUUGUUAACUCAUUUAUAACAAUUGAGCCUGAUGCUACAAAGAGUAAACAAUAGACAAAAGGUAAAUGCAAAUUAAAUUGCAAUAGUAGAAAGAGAAGCACAGAUCCAAACUAAUGAAAGAUAAUUUUAGAACAUAUCAAUAUAAGUUCUUUCAGAAUGGAAAGUAAAGAUGUGUAAUCACUUAAGAACUAGUCAGGUACUGUAGUUAGGAGGCAGGAAGAAAGUGAACAACUGCAGCAUUCUGGAUGGAUUAGCCAAGAUGGGCCAAGCAGCUUUGAUCAAGUUUCUGGUGAAAAAGAACCAGCUUAGUUUAUGUAAGUUGUACUUUUGCCUUAGGCAAUGUAUUUUGCAAUGUUGCACUAAGCAUAAAGUGGAAAAUCUGUAUCUAAGUUUGUCAAUAAUCUGGAAAACAAACUGUUCAGAGCAGCAGCAAAAAAAAAAACACUUGUCCUGACUCAGGUGUUUUGCUAAUUUUUGCAUAAUUUAAUGGUCUUUAUUUGGUGCACUGUACACAGUUUUGGGCAGUUGAUAAGAGGAAGGAUAUUACUGCUUUUGGAAAGGUUACAGAGGAGAGCAACAUGUUUCAGAAAUGUAAUUGAUCAGAGGUUAGGUUUGUUUUCAAGGUAAUGAGCAGGUUCACAAAACUGAUCCAGGAAAAUUGUUCAGUGACAAAAGGCUCAAAUCACAGGGGCUAGAACUAAAAUCUACUUUGCAAUAAGACAAGUCAGAAGUUUUACUUCUUUACCCAUGAGGUAUCCAUAAAUUUCAGGAACGUAUAUUGAAAAAAAGUAUAAGUGUACUCAAGGCGAUUUCUUGUAUUUCUGGAGAGAGAGAUAGCCAGACGAUGGGUUUGUGGAUUUGACUGUGAUUGAUCACUUCAUACUGGUGCCACAGUUAGGAUUAUCAAGGAGAUUAAGUUCCCUUAGGAUAAACUGUCUUUAUUUUCUUCAGUGUCCUUUGUCUCUCCAUGAUAAUGCAAUAUUUCUGACUAAAAUGACAUAAAAACUCUAAUACUAUUCCCCUAACAGAAGUAGAGAAAUAGCCACCUACCUUUGAUUUCUUGGUAAGAUGAAUCAGAAAUUUCUCAUAUUGCUCAAUGGCAAAUAUCAGGUUGGGUAUUGGCUUAGUUUCACGGAGCACUCGAGCCUGUAUAUACAACAGUAGAGAUGUAAAUUAUUGUCAGAACAAAAGACUACAUGCAGCAGGUCAAUGAGAGGCAGGAUAAUGAUCACACCACAUCCUUUGAAUGAAUGUACAUAAAUGCACAAAAUCUACAAUUAUUUAUGAAGAUCUCCAUGAUUAAGUUUAUUUCCCGGUGAGAGUGUUAUAGUAAUAUUUUGAAUGUGGAAAAAACACCUGACCUAAAGCCAGAAGUCAGGCAUUUUAUGGACACACUGGCAUUUCCACUUGGCCUCAUGGUUCAAAGCAACACAGGAUCCAGUACGGAGCCAGAGAAGAUUUCAUGUUCAAUUUCCCAGUCUACGUGAACACUUUAAUUUGCCUUUUUUCCCUUGGAUUGGAAGAUGGAAGAAAACAACCUGCAUUGCCAUUGGCAGCUAUUAUCCAAUGACCACUGCUGACAAUUGUAGAUUUGUGUCCCAACAAAAGUCAGCAUCUUCAAGAAAAAACUGGUGGGGCAAAAGAGGUGUUGCCAACAUACAUGCCCUCUUGCUAUGUCACACACAAGUUUGAUUUGAAAUAACAAUUCUGCCACAAAAUUGGGCAAAACCUCAGUGCUAAAAUUCACUCAGAUAAUUUCUUUAUAAUUAAAUUAAUAAUAAUAGUCGUAUUUUUAAUUUAAAAAAUCCUUUGCUGGAAGUUCUGUUCAUGGAUGUUAAGAGAGAUUAGGGUCAUGUCCUCCUCUGUUGCUGGCAUAACAUUAUGGAUGUGUGAACAGUGACCAUUUAGCUGGGUUGGAGGGCUACCAAUACCUGUGGUCCCACACCCCAAGAGUGAAGAGGGGAAAACUAAAAUAAAAAUCACAUUAAAUUUAUGCCAGGUGUAAGGAUCUAUUAAAAGUGCUGUUUCUAAUUUGCUUGAAUUGAAUUCUCAAUGUAAUGCCUUUGAACCCUUAGAAUACAGUUCCUCUUCUA